GAGGUCAUUGUACUCUAGAAGCAUGUUGAUUGUUCUCCACGUUCUUGAUUCAGCUGACUCGCAAGCGGCUGCGCAUGGAAGGCGGCGCGGGAUCAGUUUAGGCGGCCAGGUGCGAGUUAUUGGCAACUACACCGGUGACGGUAAGCUGUAGCUUCACCGGCGACGGCCGAUGGAGUUCCCUUUGGAACCCGCAAGCAGUGCGGCAAUGUAUGAGGGCGGAGCUGGUGCCGCCGCAAAUGGUGAUGUAGCGGUGGAAGACAGUGCGUGCAAUCAUGUCGGGUCAGUGGAGCUGGAUCCAUCUGUGGCGGGCAUCCUACAAGUAGUAGCUGCUGCCGGCAACGGAGAUGGUGACGAGCAACUUGAUUCAGCAAAGUGUACUGUGAAUCAAAAGUUCAGAGUUCAGAACGAAGCAUCUACGGACUGGACCAAGAGGGUAAGGGUGGGUCAAGCACCGCUUGAUAGGGCACGAGUGCCCUUGAGAAGUAGAUACAUGGGUAUGCAGAGAUGUUUGGAUCCUUGCCUUGGUACACCUUUCGAUUCGCUAAGCGGGGCAAGCGGAAGGAGUUACGCAAACCUGGCCGGAUCUAGAUCGGAGCGGGGGCUGGGUGCUGGCGGCAGUCGAUCGAUGCUGGCAACAUCAAACAGGCUGCUGGUGUUGUGUCCGCUGCUACCGCGGAGAAGCCGAGAGGGAUUACUGUAAAGGAGCAGCUUCAACGCGGCCGCGAUGCUGGUGUCGCCGCGUUCUACUACCCCAUCUUCUCCGAUGCCGGGCUGUGAAGACGCCGGGCUGUGAAGCUAGCUGACGAGCAUGUUCGUGGGUAACCUAGACAAUCAGUUUAUGUGUUUCUGUUGUCUAGGUUAGACUCCGGCACCAUGUGGUUCAGGUUUCCCGGAUAAUCAGAUAUGAUACCUUGAUUGUUUUGCUGUAAUUAACUAAAAUCCUUUGGGUGAAGUCCGAACAUAAAAAUAAGGACUAGGUGUAGUGGAUUGGAGUACUUCAGUUGCAGAAGUCCAAGAUCGGGUGUUGGUACAAGUUAUCUGCACACUAUCUGUACCGGCGGUAGGAAAACGGCUAGUGGUGGCUAGUGGGCCAUG